GCCGGUCGGGGAUUUUAUUAGGAGCUGCAGAGUGAGCGGAGAUCAGAGCAGAUCGGUGGUGGAAUCGAGAUCAUUGCUAUAGAAGAAACCAAAUCCUCUUCGCAUAUCGUACCGGUUACACAGGAUUUCUAUUGGAACAUGGCAGUUCUGUCGGUGUGCUGAAACUUACUGCGGCUUUUUGAAUCCGAUAAAAGGGGAAUUUCAAGUGUUCGGAGCAAGAAAAGGGACUCAUUUUAUCCUUGUGUGUUUGAUCAAACUGCCGCUACGAUGCCCAUGGAGUUAACGCAGAACAGGAUCCAGAAGAUCUGGCUUCCCAGGGACGAGUUACCGCAGCUGCCUAUCAAUGUAGGUGGGCCCCAGUUUGCCAAUUCCCCAACAGUGAUCGUAAUGGUGGGGCUUCCAGCAAGAGGGAAGACCUAUAUCUCCAAAAAGCUGACUCGUUAUCUCAACUGGAGUGGUGUCCCAACAAAAGUGUUUAACGUGGGUGAAUACAGACGUGAAGCCGUGAAAGAUUUCAGUUCCCAUGACUUUUUCCGUGCAGACAAUACAGAAGCCAUGAAAAUUAGAAGACAUUGUGCCUUAGCUGCCUUAGCAGAUGUUAAAUCCUAUCUCACUAAGGAAGGUGGACAAAUUGCUGUCUUUGAUGCUACAAAUACAACAAGAGAGAGAAGAUCCAUGGUUGUUGAUUUUGCCAAAGAGAAUGAGUUUAAGGUGUUCUUCAUUGAAUCUGUGUGUGACGAUCCAUCUGUUGUUGCAAGCAAUGUUUUGGAAGUAAAGCUGUCCAGCCCUGACUACAAAGGUUGCACAUCUAAUGUAGCACUGGAAGACUUCAUGAAAAGAAUAAACUGUUACAAGAACAGUUAUGAACCUCUGGAUCCAGAUCACCAUGACCGGGACCUUUCCAUGAUCAUUGUGAUUGAUGUGGGUCGAAGAUUUUUGGUAAACCGAGUUCAAGAUCACAUACAGAGCAAGAUUGUGUACUACCUGAUGAACAUUCACGUACAGCCUCGUUGUAUAUAUCUGUGUCGGGCUGGGGAGAGUGAAAGCAACUUGAAUGGAAAAAUUGGAGGAGAUUCUGGUCUGUCUCAUAGAGGAAAGAAGUUUGCUAUUACACUAAAGAAAUAUAUUGAGGAUCAGAACUUAAAGGAGUUGAAGGUGUGGACAAGCCAGCUGAAGAGAUCCAUUCAAACAGCAGAAGCACUGAAGCUGCCUUAUGAGCAGUGGAAGGCUUUAAAUGAACUUGAUGCUGGUGUGUGUGAGGAAAAGACUUAUGAAGAGAUCAAAGAACUUUACCCCGAGGAGUAUGCACUGCGUGCUCAGGACAAAUAUCAUUAUCGAUACCCAUCAGGAGAGUCCUACCAAGAUCUGGUUCAGCGCUUGGAGCCUGUUAUCAUGGAGCUGGAGAGGCAGGGAAAUGUCCUUGUUAUUUGUCAUCAAGCUGUCUUGAGAUGCCUUCUGUCUUACUUCCUGGACAAACCAGCAGAUGAAAUGCCAUAUCUCAAGUGUCCGCUGCAUUCCAUGCUUAAACUGACUCCCUUUGCUUAUGGUUGCCAUGUAGAAACGGUGCCGUUUAGUGUGGAUGCUGUAAACACACACCGGGAUCGCAUAAUAGAGGAUUGCAAGAAAUGUCCUACCCCCCUAAUGAGACGCAAUAGCGUGACCCCACUUGCAAGUCCGGAGCCAACUAAAAAAGCCAGAAUCAAUAGUUUUGAAGAGUUUGCUGCAUGUUCAUCUGUUGGCUGCGCCUCUCAAGAACCACAAUCUGGACAGCCUUUGCUAGGAAAGGCUUGCCUGCUUGUUUGUCAUUACCUGACAUUGGCUUCCUUAUUUAUAUUUCAAAGGGCAUGAACCAGCAGGAAAUAUGACUUUAUGGAUAAUCGGCCACAGAACAGUGGACCCCUGAUGCUACAUUCCAUAUUCCAUUACUGAAGCUUGCCUGUAAGCUGCUUCAUCACAUAGGCUGGAAAUCAGAAGAUGACACCUCUCUCUUACCAUAAUAAAUCAGAGUGGAAAGGAUCUUUGUCAGUUAGGGAAGUGUAAAAGUUAGCCUAAGAGUCCCAUGUCAUUUCAGUGGUGGAGUGCAAAGCAGGACUAUUUGCACUCUGCCAAUUUUUUGUUUUACAUUUUAUGUAUAUAAAUAUGUUUCUCUGUUCAUUUUAUUAGAAAUGUUUCUAUUUUAAUGCAUUUUAGAAAAGAGGGAAAGAAUAGUUAACUCAAAAAUCUCUUGAAUCUUGAAGAGACCAUUAUCUAACUUCUACCCUCACUACUAAACUUGCAAGGAUUUUACUUUAUGUUGUAGAGGGAUUUCCCCCCACAGCUGCCUGACAUUCAAACUGUGGCUUGGUUUGCAAUGGAAUACCUGAUUGCAUGUAGCUUUUCAAAAGUUAAAUUGAUGACUUGCAACAAUUUCCCUUGUAAUAUAAGCAAAGUUAUUACAAGUAAUGCCUCAGGGCAGUGCAAAUCUGAGCUUAAUAUAUUACAAAAGAACUACUUCUCCUUU